UACAGGGGAUCUCUGCAGUGACAGGAGCAACCAGUUCUGCACCCUGUACAAGAAAGUUUCAGACCUCUGUAAAACCAGAAUCUUCUCUGUAAAGAAAAACCUAUUGCACUUUGUUCUUGCUGAUAAACUGCCCAUUUCCUGGGGAACCUCUAUUUUAAAUUUUUCUCCCUUGUGCCAAGGCUGCAAAAAGUAUAUAUUCCAUUGCUUGCAUUAUAGCUGUGGGACCUGUAUAUGGUGCCACAUUAUCCUCCUGGCUGCAUACAACUAAGCGAGUAUCUGCAUUUUUUUCCCUGUGCACACAUUACAUUUGUAAAUACAACCAAUUUGUAGGUCUGUUCAAUUCUACUUCAGCUAGGGAUGGACAUAGGAAGCCCACCAUAAACUUUUGAUGCCAUGGUAACUAGCCACUGCAUCAAAAGAAUUUUAUAAUAAUAAAAAAUUCCGAUCGCACAUGGGCAAAUGGUAUGUUUGUGCAAUAGCAACUAGUGGCCAUUAUCGAUGUUAAACAGCUUAAUUCAGCCAUUUUAACAUUGUAUGGCAAUUGCUUCGAUACCAUUUGGUGGCGGCUACCAUCGGAAAGCAGGGACGUGUGGUGAGGUAAAUGGCUGAGGAGGCACUGGCUAGUAUCAGCCAGAUUUACCCACAAGGUAUGAGCCAAAGGAUUCAUCUGGGCAUUAUACAAAGGUGCAGCAGUAUGUACUGUGGAAAAUUUGAUCCUGCAUACUUGCACUUCACGGCUGGGGACAAAACAGACAAGGCUGUGUAUUAACAGACAGAUGGAGAGCUGCUGGAUUAACUGAUGCACUUGGCGGUUAUAUGGAGGCUCCUCUCCGCCAGCACUGCUCUCCAUUUUUGAGAAGGAAAAAACAGGCUCCAGAAGGAGGAGAUCAUGCCUCGGACAAAACAGAUCCACCCCAGAAACCUAAGAGCGGAUGAUGAAAACCUGGCGCUUGGCCUUUUUCUUUCGUUACCUGGUAUAUCAAAGGGGUUAAGUUUCAAGUCUGGACAAGUAGUUCCAAUCUCAGAUAAAAUUGAGGAAGCACAAAAAAAGCUGUCUAGUCCGGAAGAGCCACAGAAAGGAGUCCGAAUAUUAUUAUCUUCCCGACGCGGAGAGAUCAUUACGGCAGUCAACUCCUGGUCGACGCAGAGCCCGGUCGCAAAGGAUCAUACACAGGAAGAAACUGUUGCUGCUGCUUCCCGAGGUUGCUCUAAUACUGUUAAAGGUGUCAAGAGGAAAAAAAUUGUAAUAGAAAAUCACUUGAAGAAAAUACCGAAAUCACCACUAAAGAAUGUUUCUAAGGAGAAACAAAGGCAUGAUAUAGAGGUGUACACAUCUCAGAGCACUACUCUUUCAGGACCUGUUCACACAAAAGAUAAGGAACUUUUGCCAUCUCAAAUCCGAAAACAAAACAAGCAAAGCAAAGGGACAAGUUCUGAGCUCAUUGGUCAGUCUGUGAAGUCUGGCAUUUCAAUGCAGGCUAAAAAACUUUCUGUUCCAUCAGACUUAAGCAACGGGAGAAACGAAGGGUAUGAUUUUGGAGGCAAAAUGACUUUACUUAAGGAAAGUCCUACUACUAGUUCAAUACCAGUCAAUCAGAAAAAUUUAAAUAUUAAGUCUGAAAAUACCAGUAAGCAGUAUUUAUGUGCAAAUUCAGCAUUUGAUGUUUUAUUAAAAGCUAUGGAGCCUGAACUCAACACUUUGAACCAGUCCCGGCCUCCUUGUGGUACCCAAACUGAAAAACAAGGGCAUAAUAUAGCUGCACCUUCAGUAACGUAUACAGAAGCUUUGUGUCAAUCAUCGUCUUCUCAAGGAGAUUCAGGUGCUAGAUAUUCCCAUUUUCAUCGUAAUGGUCAAAGUGGUCAGCCUUGCACAUCAUCAAAAGGGUCCAUACAUACCCAGGUCCAUUCAGGUAGUGAGGAAGAACAGUGUCAAAAGCAGCAGCAGCCUCCUGUCUGUCCCAGUUACUCUAACUCUAUAGAUGUUGUAAAACACCAACAAGUUUACCAUGUAGCUGUAACAUCUUCAAUAGUAAAUUCUCCAUCGUCCUCUGUAACUCAGGUUCUUUCAUUGCAAGGAAAUCCUCCUUUAUGUAAUCCUUCAAAUCUGUCUUUAAACUCCACAUAUAAUGUAACCCAAGUGGCCUCACUUUUCACUGGGGAGCAAAUGUGCAAUAUUGUUCUAAAGGAUCAAAAACCUAAAAAGCAAGGUAAAUAUAUAUGUGAAUAUUGUUACAGGGCUUGUGCAAAACCCAGCGUUCUCCUAAAGCACAUUCGCUCACAUACUGGGGAGCGUCCAUACCCUUGUGUGACAUGUGGAUUCUCAUUUAAAACAAAAAGUAAUCUUUACAAGCACAAAAAGUCUCACGCACAUGCCAUCAAGCUAGGACUAGGCUUGCGGCCAGAUUCUGGAGGUAUGCUCCUUUCACAGGAUUCAGAGAAAGCUCUUUUUAUUAGUUCAGAUGUAGAUGAAAGUGGAGAUAGUGAUGAAGAGUAUACAUCAGAAGAAAGGCAAGAAGAUCAAAAUGUUCCUGGUCUGGAAUUCCCAGAAAGUGUAAAAAUGCCACCUGAGACUGACACCUUAACGCAAGAAGACAGAAGGUCUUCCUCCAAUAGCCCUGUUGCUAUGUUGCAGGACAAUUAUGUGCAAGAGAAACCUACAGAAGGAAAACCCGCAGAAUUGCCAAAAGUUGUUGUAUAUCCAGUUAGUGUUUCUCCUUUAAGAGCUGAUAGCCCAAAAGUUUUAGAGUCUAAUUCUGAACAUUUUAUAGCACAAAUGACUGAAUUAAAAAUUAAAAAUAAGACUUCAAAUGUCCUACGAAUGUGUUCAUUAAGUGAAGUAGAGCAAUCGUCUCACAAAAUGUGUGAACUAAAUCAUGUAGAGAGUAAAAUUCCAAUGAAUAUAACUACUCAUGCACAAUUACAGAGACAGCAAGCUACAGACUGUGCUCAAGAGCAGCAAGGCAAAUGUCUUUUGAGCCCUAGAAGCUUAGGAAGCACUGACUCUGGUUAUUUCUCCCGGUCAGAGAGUGCAGAUCAAGCAAUGACCUCACCAGCCCCAUUCUUAAAACUUUUGCCCUCUUCUGAAAAAGACUUUCUUAAAAAUGUAAGCUCUUUAGCACACAUAGGUGUAACAGGGGCAAUUAUGGCACAUCCAUGUGUUGAGAAGCAAACUAUUGCCACAGGAAUAAUGCGCCCGCCAUUAGGAACAAAAACUCUUGAAGAGCGCAUUUCAAAAUUAAUAUCAGACAAUGAAGCUGUAGUUGAUGACAAGCAGCUAGACAGUGUAAAGCCAAGGCGAACUUCAUUGUCUCGAAGAGGCAGCAUAGAUUCACCAAAGUCUUACAUAUUUAAGGAUUCCUUCCAGUUUGAUCUGAAACCUGUUGGAAGGCGCACUAGCUCUAGUUCUGACAUACCAAAGUCCCCAUUCACACCAACUGAAAAAUCCAAGCAAGUUUUUUUUCUGUCUGUUCCAUCACAAUAUCCUUCUAUUGACUGUUUGCCAAUUACAAGAAGCAAUUCUAUGCCCACAACAGGCUAUUCAGCUAUUCCCCCAGUAAUUCCAGCCUCUCAUCCUCUUAGAGGCAGUCAGUCAUUUGAUGACAAAAUAGGUUCUCUUUAUGAUGAUGUGUUUGUUUCAGGACCACCUACACCUAAUCAGACGGCCCAUCCUCGCACACUUGUCAGACAAGCAGCUGUAGAAGACUCCUCUGCCACUGAGCAGUGUGGCCUGGGACCUGCACGAUCAGUUGAUGAAAGCUACCCUACAAGCAAAUCUUUACAGGAUGUUUUGUUGCCUAGAAGCAAAUCAUUUGUGCAAGGGUCUAGUUUAGACAAGAUUAAAAAAACACAUCAAGGCCGGGGCACUAUGUUUGAAUGUGAAACAUGUAGAAACCGAUAUAGGAAAUUAGAAAACUUUGAAAAUCAUAAGAAGUUUUAUUGUUCUGAACUACAUGGACCAAAAAGUAAAACAGUGACUCGUGAGACAGAACAUAGCACGCCUUUAAACAGCUCUCAGCCCCAAAUUCUUCAUUACAGAGUUGCUAGUUCGACUGGGGUUUUGGAACAGCCUCUUUUAAUUAGGAAACGGAGAAAGAUGAAAAGUGUUGGUGAUGACGAUGAACCUCAACAAAGUGAAUUCACUCCUGCUUCAGAAAAUAAGGAACCUCUUAGUUUGGCUAGUGCUAAAACCUCGUCCACUAUUACAAUAUUAGGUUCACAGUCGUGCACCAUUUCAUCACUGAGCCAGCAAAUACAGCUAGUAUCAAGGAGUACUGAGACUAGUUCUGACAUCAAGGUACCUGCAAUGGAAAAAAAAACAAAUUUGGUUUUAAAGGAAAAAGUUGAGCUGAAAUGUCAGGGAACUGGGAUAUCUGUAAUUCAGCACACAAAUUCACUGAGCAGGCCCAAUUCAUUUGAGAAAGCAGACUCUAUUGAAAAAGUUUUACAUGCACCAUUGUAUGAACUUCAGAAAUGUAAUGUAAACAGCCCUUUGAAUGCAGUAGGUAUCAUUCAUGAAGAAAGAUCUCCUUUUGCUACUCAGCUGUCACCAAGUGGAUCAGUUGAAGUCUCUAAAACAGAGGUCCAGGAAUGCCAGCAUGGCAUGCAUACAGAAAGAACUGCAAACUCUCAAUCCCGACUUAUACGUCAAAAUAACAUUCAGGUUCCAGAGAUCUUAGUUACAGAAGAACCAGAUAAAGAUCAAGAGAUUCAAACAAAUGACCAAGAACAGCAAGAAAAGUUUGCUUGGCCACAGCGCAGCGGAAGCCUUUCCAGUCUACCAACAGAAAAACUUCCUCCAAAAAAGAAAAGAAUACGACUGGCUGAUCUUGACAACUCAUCUGCUGAAUCUAGUUUUGAGUCAACCCUUUCAAGAAGCUUGAGUCGUGAGAGCAGUCUGUCCCGUGCUUCAAGUUUUUCAGCUUCAUUUGAAAAGGAAGAAUCUUUAAAAACUGAUAGUUUCUCAAAAUUAAAUAGCUUAAACAAAUCUGAGUUUCUUACAAUACCAACUGGACUAAAUACAUUUGGUGUUCCAAGGGAAAUGAGAAGAGCUGCCUCCGAGCAAAUAAAUUGUACUCAACCUUCUAUGGAUGUCAUAGACUAUAGAAGUAAAUCUUUUGACUGUGGAAGUAUGUCUCGAUCAAGAUCUAUGUCACCAACUAGUACAUUGUCUUCUAGAUCAUCGCUUAUGUGUAGCACAAAUAGUGGACAUGUUCCAUUGUUAGAAAGGAGGAGAGGGCCCCUUGUAAAACAAAUAUCUUUAAAUAUUUCUGAAACAAGUGUCUGUACAGUGAGAUCCCAAACUCUUCAAUCUGAAAGUUCUGUGUUGUCACAGCAAAGUUUGCAUGCUAUAAGCCAAUCCUUAACAGAAGUUAAUGUGUGUCCUACAAUGAUCACAAGACAAAUGACUGCAACUGACCAACCUUUUUCAGUUGAAACUUCAACGCCUGCAAAUGUUCAGAUUACGGACAGUACUGUUCCGCUACAAAUAACUAAUACUAUCUUAUUUAAAAAUGAUUUUCCUAGUAGUAUGCAAAGUACAACAAAGGGAGAUGAUAAAGAGAAGAAUACUGUGCCCCAGAAUAAAAAUGAAAAUAAAUCUGUGUUUGCUCCAAAAUAUCAACUAGAAUGUCAAAAGGUUCAAGAAAACCAGUUUAGUUCUACUAAACCUAUUAAUAUAAUUUUUCCAAGUAGUUGUGCUGUUGACAAUCUCAUUAACAACACAUCUAGAAAUGUUAAGGGUUGUAAUUAUCAAACUACUCAUUCAAUAGUUGUGCCAGUUCACAACUAUAGCAAUUCUUUAUAUUACGGGUUUUCUACAACUGCAUCUCUCCCUGAGAUAUUAGUGACACAAGAUCAAGGGAAUCAAGUUGUUUGCAAAGCAAAUUCAAUCCCUGCCACAGCAGCUAGAAACCCAUUACCUAUGCCAAAGUCUCAAGAGGAGCCCAGCAGACCUCUGCCAAGCUCUGUCAAAAAAUAUGAAAAUAGUCUUCCACGCUCUAUACCGGUGUCCAUACCUGGUCUUGUUCCUCAGCAAGAGACCUCUGCCUCAAGUAAGCGAAUGCUUUCGCCAGCAAACAGCCUUGAUAUUGCAAUGGAAAAACAACAAAAACGUGUCAAAGAUGAAAGUGGGGCUGCAUGCAAUACCAAUAGUCAACAAGUGCAUUUGUUGGGUUUGAAGACUGUAGAACCUGGGAAACAAAGAAAGCCAAUGCUAGUAAGACAGUUCUGCACUACAGAUCCAGGUGAAAGCUUAGAUUACAGUGUUUCCCCAGGAAAUUAUAAACCAGAAAAUUGUUCUUAUAGAACACAGCUUGGCAACCAAUCUUCGACAAAACCUGUUUCUGAUGAAAAUGACAUAGUAGAAUAUGAAAAAAAUAAAUCUCCAGAACCAUUGUGUCCCACUGUAAGAAUGUCACCAGAGCCUUCUGUAAACACUCAUACAUGUUCUUUGAAGUCUACAUACAGUAAUCAAGAGAGAUGGUCCCCUCUCACUACUAAAACUUUUCAUAUUCAAGGCCAAGUGAAACUUGGUGCAGCAAUUUCUGUGGUUAACGCAGGCGACAUGCAUCGAUUGUCCUUUCCUAGCCUCAAGACUUCAACAAGUUUUACAUGGUGUUACCUUUUGAAGCGAAAGCCUACAGCCCUUCCUCAGAAUGACCAAAAGACUUCUGCCUAUGCUUCCUGGAGUAUUAGUUCCAAUAAUCCAAAUCCACUUUGUCUACCAACCAAAGUGGCACUUUCGCUGCUAAAUUCUAAACAGAAGUGUGAGAAGUUCAUCUUUACGUUGGUGAAAACUUCACAUCAAAAGCGUGACAUUGUGGUGUAUUCAAGCAAAUGGAAAAACAAUUCAAAAAAGUCAUCUCACUCAUCUCAGCUGGAUUGCCAAAAGAGUUUGGAGGCAAGUACUGAUCAAGAUAAGGAAACUUUUCAAAAUCGUGAGCCAAGAAGAGUAAAGAUAUUUGAUGGAGGGUACAAGUCAAAUGAAGAGUAUGUGUAUGUUCGUGGCAGAGGAAGAGGAAAAUAUAUUUGUGAGGAGUGUGGGAUAAGAUGUAAGAAACCCAGCAUGUUAAAGAAACAUAUUCGUACACACACAGAUGUUAGACCGUACCACUGUAACUACUGUAACUUCUCCUUCAAAACUAAAGGCAACUUGACAAAACAUAUGAAAUCCAAGGCUCACAGUAAGAAGUGUAUGGAUAUGGGAAUAGUAGUAGGUCCAGGAGAUGAUCAGGAUACAGAUGAUUCCGGGGAAAGGCAAAGGUAUACUGGUGAGCGGUCAGGAUUUGAUGGAGAUGACUCAGAUGGUGCAGAGGACGAUGACAAUGAUAACGAGGAUGAGGAUGAAGACAGUCAAGCAGAGUCUGGUCUCUCGGCUACUCCAUCUGUUACAGCUAGCCCCCAGCAUUACCCUUUUCGAAACAGCCAGCAAGAAGCAUCCAGCACUGAUGAGGAUGUUCGAAUUCCACAUUGUUUUGCCCAAGCUAACUCAAUGGAUAUUCUUCCCAAAGCAUUGAUCACCAGAAUGACAGCACUGACCACUUCAACUAUUUGCAAACCAGAUACUUACGAUGAAAAAGGUGAUGACGUUUUGAUACAAAAGACCAUACCUCCUCUAAGCAAACCAACAUCUCCUAAAUCCCCGUGUCAUCAAAUGUCUGUGGAUUAUCCAGAUGGUGAAGACGGCCCGGAUGUCUCAGUAGAAGCAAAAAGUUUGACUGUAUCACAUGACUCGUCAUCUGUAAACACACCAUCUUCCCCAGUAGACCGGAGCACACAGACAAUGGAGUCAUCUGUAACAGACUCUGACGUUCAACAACAAAAGUCCCCCAACUUUUCUUAUCAGUUCAGUCAAAUAUCAACUGCUCCAACACAUCUAUUUAGCCAUUUGCCUUUGCAUUCACAGCAUCCUGUUAGGUCACCCUACAGCAUGAUUCCAGUAGGAGGCAUUCAGCUUGUCCCAGCUGGAUUAACUGCAUACUCCGCAUUUGUUCCCUUCCCAGCUGGACAAGUACAACUCACCAUACCAGCUGUGGGGGUGAUUCAUAGAGCUGCAAGUCUUCAUGGUGAUAAGCCAGCAGAAGUCCCUAGCAGCCAAAGGCAAAUAGGAGUAACUGAAGUCAAUGGUGUCGUACCAUGUAUUCCAAUUGGUCAAGUUAACAUGCCCAGUCUUAGUGCAUCAAGCUUACAACCUAUACAGCCACUCGGCAUGGAAACUGUGAACAUAUUAGGUCUAUCAAACACAAGCAUUGCUUCACAAAUUCAUCCUUCAGGGCUUACUCUAAAUGCCGUUGGUUUGCAAGUUUUAACAACAAGCACUGCUCCCCAAAGUAACCCAAGUCCACAAGCUCACAUUCCAAGCCUCCAAAUUCUAAAUAUAGCAUUGCCUACAUUAAUCCCAUCCAUCAGUCCACUAUCUGUUGAUGGCCAAGGAGUUCCUGAUAAAUCUCCAUCAUGUAGCACAGCACCUGUCCAGAGUCCGGCCAACCUCGCAGGGGCAGAUGCCAAAAAUAUGAAACCGUCAGAAUCAUUGCAAGCUUCUCCACGGAUGCAGCAAUCUCCCAAAGCAUCAUGUAAUGCUGCGGGCAUGGAAGAAAAAACAAUAAACUGCAGUAUGAAUUCUGAAAGACAGAGUCGGUUAAAAUCAAAGCCUAACAUUGCUUCUAGUCAAAUUAAAACAUCCACCACACCAGAUGUUUAUUUAAAACUUCACUCUAAAACUUCAAACAGGUCUCCUGUAAGUCAUACUCUUCCACCCAUUCGACAUCAGAAGAGAAGUGAGCUGAUCUCAAGGCAGACCACAGUGAAGUUCAGUGAUUCCAGUAGUAGUGAUGACGAAGGCAGACUGGUUAUAGCAACCUAGAGACUUGACAUUUAUAAUCUUAGUUCCAGUAUUUUUUUAUUUUAAAUUUUUUUGUUUACUUUUUUGCGGGUGGGGGAUAGAAAGAGACUUCAAGGUUUAUUUAAAACCUUACUUAUCUUUAAAGCACAUUUUUUCUUACACAUUACACUUGUGCAAUCAUGAACUCUUGACCAAUAAUUGUUGUUUUAUGUUUUGUCUGCUCCCGCCAUUUUUGUACAUGUUGUAUAGACAAUUGUGCCUUUUGGAAUUUUAUGUGUAGAAAUAUGUACAUAUCUGAAUAAAAUAUAAAUAUCUAUAAAUAUUAUAUAUGUACAUAACCAAGGUAGUUGCUUGUGUUUAGUACGUAUGUUCCUAUCUCAUGUUGAGUAAAAUAAUUAAAUUAUAAAAUUAUAUAUGUAUAUGUUGCACUGUUAAAUGUCAUUUUUUUAUGGACGUGGGGCAACUUUGUGUACAGAUCUUGUAUGUAAAACUCCAUAUUUAUUGUGUCCAUAUUAGUCUUGGAAAAUGGUUCUGUCCAUCUUUGUGUGCAAGACGGUAGCUUUACACUUUAAAACAGAAAUUCUGUGUUAACAUAUGUUCCAGUAAAAUUUUUAUUACUGACUUUA